AUGUCUUCAUCCAAGAAUCCGCCAUCCCCCUCCAAAACUCUCCAGUCUGGCAGCCAUAUUCCUGAAGGUUUCCUCCCGGAGCGAACAAGCAGUAAGAGGGCUUUCGAGAAGGUAGAGCGCGAGCUUCUCGAGGUUAGACAGGAGUUCGACAAGAAACAAAGAUAUCUGAAGCCGAAGACAAGUUUCGACUCGAACUAUUGGGAAAAGGCUGCUGAAUAUGCAAUGAUGGGCAGAUCAGUGUCCACGCUUGAGCUUCGAAGAGCAGCCAUCGCCUAUGUUGAUAUCGGUAAUCAGGGUUCUCGGGAAGAGUUUUCCGGAUCAGACAAAGCAAAGGCUCUUGAAGAAGCCUCCAAAGCAUGGGCUAUUAAAGAGAACAUCUACAGCAAGCGUGCUGCCGAGCUCAAGACCACCGACAAAGAACACAGUCUACGAAGGUCCUUCAUGCAACUCUUCACUACCUCUACGUUAGGACUGGACAUUAAGCACGCAUUCGCUGGCAAGCGAAACUCUAGCUUGCAGAGCAAUUUCAGACGCGACAUCAUUGAGAAGCAGGGUUUGAGAGAUCCUCGAGGAGGACAGUACGUGAACCAUGUCUGGAACAUCUUGACAGGGAAGUAUGAACUUGAGGAUGGCUUUGUAGCUUCCCACAUCUUUGCGUAUAAGCUUGGUCAGGAGUUGAUGACAGCUGUGUUUGGUUCCGACGCGAAGGAUGAACUCUUUUCAUCUCACAACGGGCUUCUCUUGAAACAAACUAUCGAGGCUCAGUUCGACAGUGGAAUGCUGGCUAUCGUUCCUAACAUCAAGGACCUAGGUUCAAAAGCCGAAGUGCAGUUAUGGAUUAAUUCAGAUCCGCGCGACUACAAAUUCAAGAUCUUCGAUGGCAACCACAAGGCCUUAGAUUGGAAUGCCACUACCGAUCCAAGUGGUCAAGAUGUUACAUUCCGCCAACUCGAUGGAAGGAAGUUGCAGUUUCCAAGUGGUGGCAGACCCAGAGCCCGUUAUCUCUACUUUCACUAUUGUUGCCAGAUCCUCAGGCAGGCUUGGAAAGCAGGAGCAAAGGCUAAUAGCCUCCCCAUAAUGGCAAAAGAACAUGGCAUGUUUGCCUGGGGUACAGCAGGGAGGUACCUCGCCAACGAUCAGAUGCGAGCUUUCAUCGAAGAACUUGGCCACGAGUUCGAGCCAUUGAUGGAAAACGCAACCAAACUUGAUACACCGGCUGAUCGGCAAACCCUUGCUGACGCUGUUACUGGAGCGAUCAUUAUGAGCAGCCAGAAGAAACUUGACGAAGAGGGUGAUGACGAAGAGGGUGAUGACGAAGAGGAUGAUGACGAUGGUGAUGAUGAUUAG